AUGACAUUGAAUACGACAAAAUCACAUGAACGUAUUUCCAUCAAACAUUCAACGAUUGAUCCUGUUUACUUACUAUCUGAUAUUGCCGAAAAAAAACACAAUAAUAAAUCAUUGUUUGGUACUUCCGACUUCGUCAAUUUUCAAAUAUCUAGAAUAGACAAUGAUUCAGCACGAGAUUCUCUGAAUGAUCGACAUGACGAUUCGAAAGGCGAUAUUACUCCAGGACCAGGUGCUUACGUGCCAGAAAAUACAAUGAGAGCGGCAUAUAAGUCAUCGCCUGCUUAUUCAUUUGGCUUACGAUACAAGUAUCCUGAACUCUCCGAAUCACUUGGCCCUGCUAUUUCCCAAACCCACGUCAUUUGGCCAAACCACAGAAACCGUUCUAUUCUCUGGCUUCCCGGUGUUACAUAA